UUUCAUCAAAAUAAUUAGCGAAAUCAAAACAAUGGACAUUUUUGAUUUUACUAAUUUUAAAAUUUUGGUGUAAUGAAGUUGCUAUAAAAUAAAAUAGGAUAUUAAGAAGUUUCUAAAAGAUAAAUAAAGUCGAUAGGCAUGAUACAAUUGAUUGACGUAUGAGCUUGUAUUGAUAUAAGGGAGGCAGAAGGUCUUCUACCAUUAGAAAAUUAAUUAAAAAUGACUAACCUUCCACCAAGAAAAUUUUCCACAUCUAGCAAGACAUCUAAACAAGAUUCCACACCGUUACAAAUACUUUUACAAAUGGGAUUUCCGAAGAAUAGAGUAUUGAAAGCAUUAGCUGCUACAGGGAAUCGCAGUGUGCAACUAGCAUCAGAUUGGCUUCUCACUCAUGUUAAUGAUACAUUUAUAGAUGUUGAACAACCAAGGGAAUAUAUAUUUUAUGCCAGCCCUACUGGACCAUUGCUUACCCAGUUAAGAGAAUUUUGGGAAAAAUCUAAAGCUGUUUCUAGUUGGAAUAGAGCCCACAACUUUCCUCCACACAUAACGCUUGUCUCAUUUUUUAAGGCUGCAGAUGAAGCAUCUCUCCAAUUGGCAAAAGCAGUUAAGGAAGUGGUUGAAAUGGUUGGUGAUCCUCCAAUGAGCCAGCUCAAACUGGAACCAUAUGUAUCUCAAAACUUCAUGGGUCUGUUUUUAUCUGAUGAACAUGCAGAGUUUUUAAAAAAAAUUGCUGUACAGUUUGUGAAGGAAGUUUCUUCUAUAUCUAAUUCCUAACACAGUAUAUAUUUAUACAGUGGGUGUUAAAGUGGAUACAUAUGAACAUUUGGAUGCGCUGGGUGCUUGUUUUCCAUGGUGUACUAUGGCUCAAGA